AUGGAUAACGACCUCAAAUAUCUCCUCUCUCUCCAAGCCGUCCGAGACCAAGCGUCUAAAGUCUUUGAAUCAGCAAAGCAAGGGAACCUGAAGCACUUCGAUUAUGACGAAGGCCGGAUGGGAGCGGUCGCUGAUUACGUAUCUAAAGUCAUCGAUCGCGAUUUCGGCCCUGACAAGUACGACACCAUCCCCCCUCACGGCCGCUGGCAACAUUUUGAGGUUGGUGACGUCGCACGCGUUGAUGCCCUCGUGAAGAGAUGGUCCAGCGAAGGUGGCGCUGACAAAACCGAGAUUACUCGACGCUUGGUCGAUUUGUUCUUUGUGUCGGUGCUUCUGGAUGCCGGAGCAGGCGAUGUCUGGCGGUUCAAAGAGCCUGAGACUGGACAGGUCGUUGUUCGGAGUGAGGGUAUCGCUGUGGCUUCGCUCCACAUGUUUACCGCUGGGUCUUUCAGCUCUGACAGUUCUCUCAAGGAGAAGGUCGAUGCGAAGGGCUUGGUUGAGCUGCAAGACAGCAGCUUUGAACAGCACUUCCAGGUAUCUUCCGAGAAUCCCAUGGUUGGAGUGUCAUCGCGAGUGAAGCUACUUCAAGCCGUUGGCUCCAACCUGCUGAAGCACCCUGAAGUGUUCGGCGAGCUGGGCCGUCCUGGAAACCUUGUUGACUACCUCACAUCAAAGGCCUCUGGAUCUAAAACACUUGACUACGAACAGCUUUGGUUCUGCUUACAGGACCUCCUCAUUCCUUCGUGGCCUGGAAAUCGCACCGUCUUCAAUGGCCAUCCCAUCGGAGACGCUUGGCCUCUCGAACUACUCUCCGACAUCGCGGAUAGCAAGGGCGAUAAAGACCCCAAGAGCAAGAUCCAACCUUUUCACAAGCUCACCCAAUGGCUGGCCUAUUCUCUCUCUGUCAUUUUUGAGAGACAGUUGGGUUUCACCUGGAAGAACAUGCAUCUUGGCACUGGACUGCCCGAAUACCGCAACGGCGGUCUGUUUGUUGACCUUGGAGUAUUGAAGCUGAAGCCGGACGACUUGAAGGCUGGAAAGGAAAGCUCGGGACAAGAGCUUCCGCAGUUUGAGGCCUCUGACGACGUGAUCGUGGAGUGGCGUGCUUUGACUGUCGCACUGCUCGAUGAGCUGCACAAGAUGCUCAAGGAGAAGUACGAACCUCGCGGAGUCAGUCUGAGUCUUCUCCAGAUGCUGGAGGCGGGGAGUUGGAAGUCUGGACGGCUUUUGGCUGCGGAGCUGCGGCCUGAGACUAAGUGCAGUCCGAUUCUGGUCAUUAGUGAUGGCACGCUGUACUAG